AUGCAUUUCCCAUCUGUCGCUGCAUGCCUCGGUCUGGCUGGUCUAGCCCAGGCACAUAUGGAGAUGAUUUACCCUCCCCCCUUCAAGUCAAAAUCCAACCCCAACGCUGGUAGCGAUGUUGACUACAGCAUGACCGCCCCUCUCGAUGCAAGCGGCGCCAACUUUCCUUGCAAGGGCUACCACUCCCUCUUUGGUACCAAGGAGGGCGCCUCGGUCGCAGACUGGGCAGCCGGCGGUUCCUACAACAUGAGCAUCACCGGCGGUGCUAACCACGGUGGUGGCAGUUGCCAGGCUUCCCUUUCCUACGACAAGGGAAAGUCUUGGAAGGUCAUCCACUCCUACAUCGGCAACUGUCCUGGUGCUGGUACCACCACCUUCGACUUCAAGGUCCCCAGCGACGCUCCAUCCGGCGAGGCUAUCUUCGCCUGGUCGUGGUUCAACCAGAUCGGUAAUCGUGAGAUGUACAUGAACUGCGCUGCCGUCACUAUUGGUGGUGGCUCUGGCAAGCGAGCAGAGGCCAUGAGCAACCGUCCCGAGAUGUUCGUUGCUAACGUCGGCAACGGCUGCACCACUGAGGAGUCGUCCGAUCUCGAAUUCCCCGACCCUGGUCCCGAUGUGACCAACGACUCCCAGAAGACUGCUGGCCCCAAGGGUACUUGUGCUAAGGCAGGAUCUGGUAGUGGUUCCGGCUCCGGUUCUGGUUCUGGCUCCGGUUCUGGUUCUGGCUCCGGUGAUGGUAACAGCGGUGCUUCUCCUAGCACUCCCGCUGACGGCUCCGCUGGCGGCAACAACGGUGCUGUUCCAAGUGCUGUCCCUACUCAGACUCAACCUGCUGCUCAGCCUUCAGCCCCUGCCGCUCAGCCAUCAGCUCCAGCUGCCAGCGCCCCUUCAGCUCCCGGUGGUGUUUUCGUCACUGUCUCUCAGCCUUCUGAGGCUACUGGUGCCCCUGCUCCUUCGGCUCCCGCCGCAACCAGCACUCUCUUGACCAUGACCAAACCUGCUGCUGGAACUGGCGGUCAGCCUGUUCCUACCAGUGUUGGUAGCCCUGAGCCUGCUCCUACCACCCCCACUGCUCCUGGUUCAGGUUCAGGUGGCUCUGGCUCUGGUUCUGAAGAGACUGCUGGUGCUGCAUGCAGUAAUGAGGGCGCCUGGAACUGCAUCGGUGGAACCAAGUUUCAGCGUUGCGCUUCCGGUCGCUGGUCCGUUGUUCAAUCUAUGGCCGCUGGCACAACCUGCUCUGGCAAUAACAGCUCGGCUAUGGCCUUUGGUUUCGGUCGCCGACUCGCGAUUCGAGGUCGUCAGGUCUAA